AAGCAAAAGCAAGACGAGUCUGGAAUCCAAUGGGGAAAGGGGCUUCAAUGGUAGGGUCCACUUCCCUUUUCAAACCUUGUCCAGUUGUCCGUUCCCAUUCCUUUGAUCGCGUAGGACAAACCCCCACCAUAACACCAUGUGGGUUGCCCCCUCUUUCGACAUCGUUCCUUGAAAACGAUGUCGUUCUUUGAACGGAGCGGAGGAUUGCUUGUAACGGUACCUGCGCCGAAGUCGUUGGUGGAACACAGGCGCGGGCAAACGGUGGAGGCUCAGAAUUAAGCAUGUCAGAGGCCUCUACUUCCACGAGGAUCGCACUCCCCACUAUUCUUUGGCCUACUCGAACAGUCCCUUCCAUUAUGAUUUACGAAAAUGCCCCUGUAUGGCCCCGGUGGUCACAGCAGAGGAGAGGGAGAGGGCAUCUCUCUUUGCAUGAAGGACAUCUGUCGACUAAUGAGAUUGUGCCACGUCACCAGCUAGCCAAAAGCGGAUGGAAAAUCACUUCUUUCUUCUGUUAUUUUUUGACAACACUGAUCUAAAGGGUGAUUGGCGGGGUGAGGGAAGGGGAGAGGUGAAGAUUGUGUGUGCUUUAUAUAAAGGAGAGAGGGGAUGCGGCAGAUUCUCUCUACCACUCUCAGUGGCCUCUUUUUUAGUCAGUUUGGAGGUUUUGUGGGUGGUGAACGCCAAGGGUCUUCUUCUCCAUUCCUCCUCUCUCACUGCUGUCUGCCGCUCCCAAAAGCCUUGUCUCCAUCGGUUACUCUUCUUCUUCCUUUUUCUUCUAUUCCUGGGGUUCAAUGCAACACUAUCUGUACAUGUCCCCUCCUUUGUGACGUAUAAGGCACAAAAACCCAAAUCAGAUAGUCCAAAACUCAGACGACAACCCCCCACCACCCCCCCCCCCCCCCCCCCCCCCACCUCAUUAUCUGUUAUCUCAUAUUAUCUCAGAUAUUGUGUCUUCCCUACUGAACCAGGAGAAGAGGUGAUAAUUAAAAGAAUCAUUAUGGGUCAAGUUUCUGCCUUCUCCUCCUCCUCUCCUUCUCUCGUCAUCGUCCUCAGUCUUCUUCUCAUCUUAUUCAUUUCUGAAGGUGUUUCGGGUUCUACAUUUACGUUUCUGAACAGGUGUGACUUCACGGUAUGGCCGGGAAUUCUAGACAGCGCUGGUAGCCCAAAGCUGGAAACUACAGGGUUUGUGUUACCCAAGGGUAGUUCACGUGGCUUCCAAGCUCCGACGGGCUGGUCAGGUCGCUUCUGGGGCAGAACCGGCUGUAAUUUUGAUGGGUCGGGCCACGGUACAUGCGCCACCGGAGACUGUGGGUCCGGUCAGGUAGAGUGCAACGGCGCUGGAGCUUCCCCGCCGGCGACACUCGCUGAGUUCACUCUCGGCUCUGGUAGUCAAGACUAUUACGACGUCAGUCUCGUAGAUGGCUACAAUCUGCCAAUGAUGGUCGAAGGCAGGAGCAAAUCGGGUGCUUGCACGUCCACCGGGUGCGUCACCGACCUGAAUCGCCGGUGCCCGAAUGAAUUGAAGGUUGAGGGUGGUGAGGCGUGUAAGAGCGCCUGCGAGGCGUUCGGCAGCCCGGAGUACUGCUGCAGCGGCGCGUACAACACACCGUCGACGUGUAAGCCGUCGGUGUACUCUGAGAUAUUCAAGUCUGCGUGCCCCAGAUCAUACAGUUACGCUUAUGAUGAUGCCACCAGCACUUUCACCUGUAACGGAGCCGAUUACACCAUCACAUUCUGUCCUUCCUCUCCCAGCCAAAAAUCUUCCAAGGAUUCUCCAAGAGAAACGGGAACAACACCAGAUAGUGGGUCAGGGUCAGGGUCAGGGUCAGGGCCAGAAUCAGAAUCGGCUUUAGCGUCGGCAGAGGGCACGAUGCUAGCCAAUUCUUGGUUAGCAAACUUGGCAACCGGUGCCAGUGGUACAGCCAGGAGCCACCCAUGUUUAACACUACACUCUGGAUUUGUUGUUGCAAUCUUCUCAUUAGUCCUUCCUUUUUUGGUAGGGUAGACAGCGAUGGCUAAUCAUGAUUUCCAUUUUGUAAAAUCACCCACUCCCCCAAUUCUACAUAUUUUAUGUUUAUACUUAAUAAAAAAAUAAAAAUUAAUGAUAUGACCUUUCUCUA